GUACGCCAGAUGAGCGAGAGGAAGCUGCUGUUUGAAGCCUUCCAACAAGGCAAUGCAGAAGGACCCACCAGGCACAGGAGACCCCUCACCACAGCAGGCCUGGGGAUGAGAGGUCAUGUCUACCCCUCUGUGCUGGAGAGGACGCGUAGCAUGGAGCUUGUCUCUUUUAAAGGCUGCCCUCUCUCAAGAGCCCACUCCCACCAGCUGUUUGACUUAAAGGCCCAAAAGGAGGCGAGCUCAGGCCAAAACCCAAGUGCAGAGAACCAACCCGCCACUAAAGGAGCAACGAGGAAGGUGGUUAUUCUGGAAAGUGACGACACAAUCAUAGCCCACUAUCCAAACCGAGACAGAGGAGCUCAGCGCCUCUACAGAAGCCUAGACUGCCUAAGUAUAGGGGGCACUGUCUCUACAGAGGAGGAGCACACGGAUGAGGUGAGGGUAGAACAGCCAGGGGAUGAGGACGAGGGCUCUGACAUCCUUAGGGAGAACCCCUUCUUUAAGCUGCGUCCCUCCCUGGCCAUGAAGCCGGAGGUGGAGAAGGACAUCCGGGAAGCCAGGGAGAGGGAGGAGGAGCUGCGCAGGCAGAGGUGUAGUCUGUAUGGAGAGGCAGGAGUCAGUGGGGGCAGGCCAGACAGCACAGAGGACCCCAGCCCAGACUCACCUACCACACGCAUUCCCUCAUCCACCUCCUCUUUCACAGCAUCAGUUGAUGGCCGACAAUCCAAGGGAAGUUGGAUCGGACCUGGCCUCCUCCCAAUCCUAAGAGUGCUAGGAUGAACCCUGGACAAACACAGGAGCCCAAGGUUUACAAGGCAGGCGGCCAGAAAACUCCUCUGUGGCAGCGUUGGGAGGCAGGUAUGGUGAACAGGCCACUGCCACGGGAACAGGACUGAUACUGGAGGUCACCAAUACCAGGACUUCUAUAAGAUUAGCGUUUCAAAUGUAUAAUUAAGGAACUGGGAUGGUAGAACUGCAUAAUUCACUACGACGGCAGAAACUUGAAUUAGUGUUAGCUUGAACAUUCAAUGCUUUGUAAGACUAAAAUCUGUUUUGUAUAUAACAUUACAAUUUCAUUACAAAUAUUCACAAUGUACAAAAGACGUCCUCUCUCAUUUAACUGCUCUGCUUGUAAAGGUUUAACUCCUGUUCAGUGUUCGAUCAAAAUGACAAAUUCAGAAUUCAGAGAAAUGUCAUUAUCAACGACUGCAUAAAUGUGAAGGUAAUCAAAACUACUAUAAAUGUUUCAAUAAACGUACAAAUGCCGUAAUCAUAU